CCCCGCCCGCCGCUCCGCGCCGCCUGAGAGGAAACAAAGUGCUGCGGGCGGGAGACUCGGUGGCGGCGGCGGCGCGCGGACCCAGCUCGGCCCCUCCCGGUCACCCUCGCCCCAAAUCUUCCGGAGUGUGUGUGAGUGUGUGUGCGUGUUUUCUUAAAAGGGCAUUUUACGAUUGAUUGAUUGGCAGUCUUCCCCCUUUGCCCUUUGUGCCGUAACCCGGCUCCUGCCAACCCAGGUGCUUCUCCCUUCCCACGCCGGCUUCUCCGCGGGCGCGGGUCGUCGGUUUGUGCCUUCGGAUCAUCGCUUCGCCCUCUGCAGCUCUCUACGCGUCCCGUGCUGCCCGCGGCUUCCCCGCUCUGCUCUGCCCGCCAGCCGCCCCGCCGCCCGCCAUGGCGACCGCGACCCCCGUGCCGCCGCGGUCGGGUAGCCGCACCGGCGGCCCCGCUACGCCGCUGAGCCCCACGCGGCUGUCGCGGCUGCAGGAGAAGGAGGAGCUGCGCGAGCUCAACGACCGCCUGGCCGUGUACAUCGACAAGGUGCGCAGCCUGGAGACAGAGAACAGCGCGCUGCAGCUGCAGGUGACGGAGCGUGAGGAGGUGCGCGGACGCGAGCUCACCGGCCUCAAGGCGCUCUACGAGACCGAGCUGGCGGACGCGCGACGCGCGCUCGACGACACGGCCCGCGAGCGCGCCAAGCUGCAGAUCGAGCUGGGCAAGUUCAAAGCCGAGCACGACCAGCUGCUCCUCAAUUAUGCUAAGAAGGAAUCGGAUCUUAAUGGAGCCCAGAUCAAGCUUCGAGAAUAUGAAGCAGCAUUGAAUUCUAAAGAUGCAGCUCUGGCCACUGCACUUGGUGACAAAAAAAGUUUAGAGGCAGAUUUGGAGGAUCUGAAGGAUCAGAUUGCCCAGUUGGAAGCCUCCUUAGCUGCUGCCAAGAAACAGUUAGCAGAUGAAACUUUACUUAAAGUGGAUUUAGAGAAUCGCUGUCAGAGCCUUACUGAGGACCUGGAGUUUCGUAAAAACAUGUAUGAGGAGGAGAUUAACGAGACCAGGAGGAAGCAUGAAACUCGCUUGGUGGAGGUGGAUUCUGGACGUCAGAUUGAGUAUGAAUACAAGCUGGCUCAGGCCCUUCACGAGAUGCGAGAGCAACACGAUGCCCAAGUGAAGCUGUACAAGGAGGAGCUGGAGCAGACUUACCAUGCCAAACUGGAGAAUGCCAGACUGUCCUCAGAGAUGAAUACUUCUACUGUCAACAGUGCCAGGGAAGAGCUGAUGGAAAGUCGUAUGAGAAUUGAGAGCCUUUCGUCUCAGCUUUCCAAUCUACAGAAAGAGUCUAGAGCAUGUUUGGAGAGGAUUCAAGAGUUGGAGGACUUGCUCGCUAAAGAAAGAGACAACUCUAGGCGCAUGCUGUCUGACAAAGAGCGAGAGAUGGCGGAAAUAAGGGAUCAGAUGCAGCAACAGCUCAAUGAUUAUGAACAACUUCUUGAUGUAAAGUUAGCCCUGGACAUGGAAAUCAGUGCUUAUAGGAAGCUCUUAGAGGGCGAAGAGGAGAGAUUGAAGCUCUCUCCAAGCCCUUCUUCUCGUGUGACAGUGUCCCGAGCAUCCUCAAGUAGGAGCGUGCGCACGACCAGAGGGAAGCGGAAGAGAGUUGACGUAGAAGAGUCUGAGGCGAGCAGUAGCGUCAGCAUCUCUCAUUCCGCUUCGGCCACUGGCAAUGUCUGCAUUGAAGAGAUCGAUGUUGAUGGGAAAUUUAUCCGCUUGAAGAACACUUCUGAACAGGAUCAGCCAAUGGGAGGCUGGGAAAUGAUCAGAAAAAUUGGAGACACAUCAGUCAGUUAUAAAUAUACCUCAAGAUAUGUGCUGAAGGCAGGCCAGACUGUUACAAUUUGGGCUGCAAAUGCUGGCGUCACAGCCAGUCCUCCCACUGACCUCAUCUGGAAGAACCAGAACUCUUGGGGCACUGGUGAAGAUGUGAAGGUGAUAUUGAAAAAUUCUCAGGGAGAGGAGGUUGCUCAAAGAAGUACAGUCUUUAAAACAACCAUACCUGAAGAAGAGGAGGAGGAGGAAGCGGCACCUGAAGUGGUUGUUGAGGAAGAGAUUUUCCACCAGCAGGGAACCCCAAGAGCAUCCAAUAGAAGCUGUGCAAUUAUGUAAACUUCUCAAGUCAACGGUCUUCCUCAACACAAAGAAAUACGGUAAUCCUUACCAACAUGCAGUGCAGAGCCUUCUCAGAAGCACAGAAUAUUUUUAUAUUUCCUUUAUGUGAAUUUUUAAGCUGCGAAUCUGAUGGCCUUAAUUUCCUUUUUUGACACUGAAAAAGUUUUGUAAAAGAAACCAUAUCCAUACA